GGCAUUAAGUUUGCCCCACAGGAACGGUCGGUUGUGGGGCGACAGCCAUGGAGGGCCCUGAGGUGGAUGACGGGGACAACGUCCUGAACAUGUCCCGCCUGGGCCUGGAGAACCUCAGCCUGGAGCAGGUGAGCGAGGACCGGAGGAAGGAGACCCACCAGCUGCUCCUGGCCCACAACCGCCUGGUGGUCCUGCCGCCCAGCGUGGCCUCCUUCUCCGGCCUCCUGCUCCUGGACAUCAGCAGCAACAACAUGGCCUACAUCGGGGAGGAGAUCCUCGGCCUGACCAAGCUGAAGACCCUGCUGGCCAAAAACAACCGCCUGGACGAGUUCUCUCUGCCCAAGGAGCUGCCGGCCCUGCGGCUGGAGGUCCUGAAUCUCAGCGGGAACCGCUUCGAGGAGAUCCCCAGCCAGAUCCUCCACAUGCAGAGCCUCAAAUCCCUGUCCUUCGGGGGGAACCGACUGAAGAGCAUCCCGGCUGAGAUCGACAACCUCAUCAGCCUCGAGUUCCUCUACCUGGGCGGCAACUUCAUCUCCUCCAUCCCCCCGGAGCUGGCCAACCUGCCCUAUCUCAGCUACCUGGUCCUCUGCGACAACCGCAUCCAGAGCGUCCCCCCGCAGCUGGCACAGGUCCAUUCUCUGCGCUCACUCAGUCUCCACAACAACCUCCUGACCUACCUGCCCCGCGAGAUCCUCAGCCUGGUGCAGCUGCAGGAGCUGAGCCUGCGCGGAAACCCGUUGGUGGUGAGGUUUGUCCGGGAUCUCACCUACACCCCGCCGACGCUGCUGGAGCUGGCCGGACGCACCGUCAAGAGCCGUGGCAUUCCCUACUCCCCCUGGGAGCUCCCCGAGAACCUGCUGAGAUACCUGGAACUGGCCAGCAAAUGCCCCAACCCCAAGUGUGGCGGCGUCUACUUUGACUGCUGCGUCCGUCAGAUCAAAUUUGUGGAUUUCUGCGGGAAGUACCGGCUCCCGCUCAUGCACUACCUGUGCUCCCCCGAGUGUUCGUCUCCGUGCAGCUCCGCGUCCCACAGCGAGUCGGACUCCGAGGACGAGGCCCAUGCGGCGGCCCGCAGAAUGCAGAAAGUACUCCUGGGGUGACCCUCGCGGACGCUGCCGGCGCUGUGCCUGCGCGAGGAC